CGCGAGUGUGCCUGUCUGCCGCUCGCCGCGCUGAGGCAGUGCGGCGGCGGGCGGGCCGAGGCUGCCGCCGAGCGCCCUCACCGAGGCCAUGCCCGGGCCCUAGCGUGCCUGCCGCAUCCCGCGCCCAGCGCCCCGUCCCGCGCCCCGCGGCCCCGCGCCCGCCGCCGCCUCUUCAAUGGGCAACCUGCUCGGCGGGGUCAGCUUCCGCGAGCCCACCACCGUGGAGGACUGCGACUCCACCUGGCAGACGGACUCGGAGCCCGAGCCCGAGGAGCCGGGGCCGGGCGGCGGCGGCGGCGAGGGCCCGGGGCAGGAGCCCGAGCAGCCUGCGCAACCCCCGGAGCGAGUCGGCGGGCGGCCCCGCGCGGGCCCCGCGCCGGACGAAGACGCCGAGGCGGCGGGCGCCGAGCAGGGUGGUGAUGCCACUGAAGCAACUGCCAAACCAAAGAGAAGCUUUUAUGCUGCGAGGGAUCUGUACAAAUAUCGACAUCAGUACCCAAACUUCAAAGAUAUCCGAUAUCAAAAUGACUUGAGCAAUCUUCGUUUUUAUAAGAAUAAAAUUCCAUUUAAGCCAGAUGGUGUUUACAUUGAAGAAGUUCUAAAUAAGUGGAAAGGAGAUUAUGAAAAGCUGGAGCACAACCACACUUAUAUUCAAUGGCUUUUCCCCCUGAGAGAACAAGGCUUGAACUUUUAUGCUAAAGAAUUAACUACAUAUGAAAUUGAGGAAUUCAAAAAAACAAAAGAAGCAAUUAAAAGAUUCCUCCUGGCUUAUAAGAUGAUGUUAGAAUUUUUUGGAAUAAAACUGGUUGAUAAAACUGGAAAUGUUGCUCGGGCCGUUAACUGGCAGGAGAGGUUUCAGCAUCUGAAUGAGUCCCAGCACAACUAUUUACGAAUCACUCGUAUUCUUAAAAGCCUUGGUGAGCUUGGAUAUGAAAGUUUUAAGUCUCCUCUUGUAAAAUUUAUUCUUCAUGAAGCUCUUGUGGAAAAUACUAUUCCCAAUAUUAAACAGAGUGCUCUGGAGUAUUUUGUUUAUACGAUUAGAGACAGGAGAGAGAGGAGAAAACUCCUACGUUUUGCCCAGAAACAUUAUACGCCUUCAGAGAAUUUUAUCUGGGGGCCGCCGAGGAAAGAACAGUCAGAGGGAAGCAAAGCCCAGAAAAUGCCUGCCCCUUCCACCUCUGGUCAUAUCAGUCAAACUUCUAUGCAGAAAAAAUCCAAGGAAUCCAAAAAUUCCUCCUCAGCUGUUCAUUUAAAUAGCAAAACGGCGGAAGAAAAAAAGGCGGCACCUGGAGGGCCUGGAGAAGAGACAGACAGGCCGGGCGCCGAGCCCAGCAGUGAAGCUACCAAGCCGGGAAACACAGAGGACGGUACGGCCGAAAACUCGAAUUCUGACCCGGAAAAAACAGGCACCAAUCCCACGGAGAGGAAGGAGAGUGCAGCUCCCGCUGAGAAUGAGGAAGAAGGUGAAACUCCUAAUAAAGACUGUGAAGAUCCUGGAACUGCAGAUUCCCCUGGUGAGGGACAAUUACAGUGAAUUGUCAGGGAACGCACACUCCAGCGGUAGGUAAGCGGGGAGGAACCGCGCAAGGUCUCCAGAAGAGCGGAGGUCACAUUGCAAAUUUAAGCCAUCCGUUUAUGAUUUCUGUUGUCAACGUUUUGUUGUUGGUUUUUCAUUCUGGAUGACAAUGAAUUUAAUCUUUCGUAAGAAGUUUUAAGCAAGACCCAAUAAACGAAUGGUAUUCUGUAAUGCUUUUAGGGUGUGACUUUUCAAAUUCUGUCUGUAGUAAUUGCUUUUAAAUUAUUUUCAAUGUAUCUAGAAAUAAUCAUGUAGUAUUUGAUAUAUCAAGUAAAUUCUUUGGGAGAUGCCAGUCUACACGAAUAAAAAGCAAGAGGAUAAAUUUCAUUCUCUUGCCAUGCUUUUGCCCAAUUUAUGGAUUUAUUUCUUAA